UGGCCUUGCUUUUUCAAUCUUUAUCAUCCUCAAAAUUUGCGUUUUCCUCUCUGAGCUAAAAUCCCAAGCCUUUACUCUUUCCAUAUUCUCAACUAAAAACUUGUAGAUUUGCAUUUACCCAGAAAAAUUUUGAGCUGAAAAAUGGGAGGAAGUGGUGGAGCUACUUUUAUCAAGGUGCUGCUUCAGAACUUUGAUGUUCUUGCUGGGCCGGUGGUUAGUCUUGUUUAUCCCCUGUAUGCAUCAAUCAAAGCUAUUGAGAGCAAGUCCCCUAUUGAUGACCAGCAAUGGCUCACUUAUUGGAUUCUAUAUUCCAUGAUCACUCUUUUUGAGCUCACAUUUGCAAAAGCUAUUGAAUGGAUUCCUAUCUGGUCGUAUGCUAAGCUGAUUGCGACUUGCUGGCUAGUCAUACCUUACUUUAAUGGGGCUGCAUAUGUUUAUGAGCAUUUUGUGAGACCUACAUUUGUUAGUGCCCAGAAUCGUACGCUUAAUGUCUGGUAUGUCCCGAGGAAGAAGGAUGUUUUUAGUAAGAAAGAUGACAUUAUAACAGCAGCCGAGAAAUACAUCCAGGAGAAUGGAACAGAUGCUUUUCGAGGUCUAAUUGACAAGGCUGAUCAGAGAGGGACGAAGCACGGCAUUUUUGAGAAUGAGUACCACUACUGAGAACUGCAAUCUGGUGAUCGCUCAGUCAUGUAAUUUCUUCUAUGACCAUAGUUUGAUUUCAGCCGUGGUUAUCCACUUUUGGUAGAUCAUCGGCUCUUUGUCGCCUUUGUAGUUUGUAUGUCAUGUUUCUGAUGUAAUUAUCAUGGCCUCACAUCUUAGUUUUUAGCUAGUUAAGUUUACUGCACGGCACAUCCCUAUGUGUCUAGAUCUGUCUGGAACUACUUGGAGCAGCCUAACAGAGAAAAGAAGGGGGAAGGGGGUGUUUCCUCCUAUUACUAGUGUUAUCUUUUUUGCUUCUGCUGUCUUGCCUGUCUUAACACUUAUGUAGCUGAUAUGUUAUCAGGUACUGUUAUCGGGUAAUGUUAUCCUUGAUCGUUUCUACCA